GCAGCGGCGGGCUCUGUUCACAGCUGUGCCGCGUCCGCUUCAACAUGAAUGUCUUCCCCACCUCCGUCUUCCUCUUUUUCGCGUUUGACUCGGCCCUGGUGGUCUGGGCCAGCGUGGGGGACAACUUUAAAGACUGUAAGCAGUUUUUGUACAUGAGGACACCGCCGGUGGGAAUCGCGGACGGGAACCUGAAGAAGAUCUGCCAGAGGUACAACAACAAGCCGCGGUUCGCAACGCUGUACGACGCGGCGAGACGCGUCCCGGUGUACUCUGCUUACACCUUCAAGAAAUCCGACGGGCAGAAGCGGGUGGACGUCCCUUGGAUGUAUGAGCCUCAGCUUGGCUCUCCCGACGAAGGCGGGAACAUGCAGGCCCUGCCCCAGGGCGAGAUCGACCAGCUGAUCGAGGACAGCCAGGCCGUCCUGCAGGACUACGCCGACGCCGUCCUCUACGAAAGGGGCCCCCUGAACCCCGACGAGCACCAGGCCGAUAACGAUGACAAGGCCGCCACUUACACCCUGACCAAUAUCGUGCCUCAGAUCACGACCUUCUUUGAGGAAUCCUGGUCUGUCUACCUGGACAAAAUCAGGAAAAGGCUCAACAACUUCUGUCGGGGCAAAUCGUACAUCGUCACGGGAAUAACCACUUCCGGCAGCAUGAUCCGAAGGGAUCACGAAGACCGCUUGGCCGUACCCAAAUACCUUUGGUCGGCCUACUGUUGCCCCAGGUUCGACAGAAACUCCCCCUAUGACGUACGGUACAUGUUUCCGACGUACGCUGCUUAUGGGCAGAACGAUCAAGUGGACAACAGCAUCAUCGAAGUGCCACUCAAGACUCUCGAAAGCUUCCUAAAGAACGAAACCGAUUUUGACCGGAAUUUCAACAUUUUCUACAAAGACUGCAUUUCCUGAAGCGCCGGGGAAACCCUCCUUUCCCACCGCACUGCCUUGUCUUGACCAUAAGACUUUACAAACUGGACUGCGAAAUAAAUCAGGUUCCACUCCAGAAAGAUGUGGCCAUUUUGUCCUGUCGCCCACCUUCACUGCUGUCACUGGAUUUUGAUUUGGAGAACAUUAAUAAAUCUCCAAUUACUCUGUAACAGUUUGGUUUUGCUCAUAAGAAAGAACACAAUAUAAAACAGUGUUCUCCUAAACAUGGCCCCAAAAUUGAGUUUGGGUUGGCAGCUAUAGUGAUAUUUGUCUUUGUUAAGAACCUGCAGGCUGAGCUUUUGGAUUUUCUAGUUACUGAACUACCAAAUGAAUCAGGUGGGCUAAUACAGUAUACUGAAAGAUCUAAUUGCUGAAAAAAUAAAAGGGCCUUUAUGAGUGAUUGUAAUCCAGGAUACACAUUUAAAUAAAAGGUAAAUGAACUCAA